AUGACUUCAAAGAAAUGGAAGGAAGAGUGGUGGUCCACCUCGGAUGAUCGAGCCGACGAGCACAAUACCAUCGAAUAUGGCUGGAGCGAAGACUGGGGCUACUGGAUCAAGGUGAUGGACGAUCGUCUUAAAAUGGCUGACGACUGGCAUAGCCCGUACAACACACUCGCCGAACUAGACAGGUUCAGGGCAUCCGUGCUGGACGGCGGUCGCGAGGGAUGCUAUCUCAGUGCCUACACGGGCCCUCGGGGUCGGGGAAAGAAAGUCGACUUUGAGGUCAUGAUGGAUCUGUGGAACAUAUAUCAGGUUGCCAACACCAGACUGCUCUCCGAGUUUCGCAACUUGUCGGAACGAGAGAUCCAAGAGGUCAGCGACACUGUCGACGCCAAGAACGAUGACGAAUGGGUCAACCCCUGGGCGAAGAAAUGCGUAUGCGGCGAUUGCGAGGCAUUUGAUGCUUUGGUUGCAACAAACGAUACAAAUGAUGAGAGCAAUGAAAGCGACGAAAGCGAUGAAAAUGACAAAGACGAAGACGAAGACGACUAAUUCCCAGUGAGCUGCCGGGACACGAUGAUCAGGACGAAGGAUCGGGGCCAAGCGGUCUUUCGGUGGUUGAGGAAGGUCUGUGGGUUUUUCGUCCUGUUCGGAAGUGGACUCGUGAACUGCUGGAUUCAUGUCGACUCUCCUUUCUUUCGUCUUUGUCUGCAUAGCGGUAUUGUUCAAAAGUUCGAGAAACUCAUCCUCAGUUGCUGGAGGUACCAGCUACGCAGUUAUUCGAGAAUCUGAACUACGUGAGCAAUGAUGACACUAAAAUCUGCCCAG